CUGAACGAGUAUUCAAUCUCUACCUGGUUGCUGCUUUGCUGGUUGUGCCACUUCUGAUCAUGACAUUAAUGUACUCUUUAAUUGUCCACACACUCUAUACGGGUUUGCAGGGACAAAGAGAUGUUCUCCCACUUCGAUUACUAUCCACACAUAACGAUGAACCAUCAAUCAAUAGAAAUACUACUAGAAAAUCAGUCGUGAUUGAGAUGUGUGGAGACAAAAAUGACAAUACUUUACCAGCGCCAUCGCGCUCUCGGAUGGUCGUUCACCGCCAUCUGGUGGUUAGAGGAAACUACAAAAAAGGUCAAGUUGCAAAAAAACGCGUCAUUCGUAUGCUAUUUGUAAUAGUUUUGAACUUUUUCAUCUGUUGGAUGCCAUUAUUUGUUAUCAACACUUGGGCACUUUACGAUCCUAAUGCCGUCUACCGGAAAUUACCGCCUAGCGUUAUUUCGAUUAUUCAUCUUAUGGCUUACCUCUCGUCCUGUUGUAAUCCCAUUAUCUACAGCUUCAUGCACAGCAAAUACAGACAAGCCUUUAGGUCUGUCUUCAAUUGCAAACGUCGACGGAGGUCCUACAGAUGGAGUAAGAAGUCUGCUACUUUGAACAGCAUGUGCAGCGUUAGAGCUGUCUCCGUUCACAACCAUGUUGUGGGACUAGAAAGUGGGACCCUGUGAAAAGAAAAUGGAAACGCAGUGCUACCAAUAAGUUUCAAUGAAUUCAUUAAAUAAUAAUAAACUGAGGGUAAUCAAGAAAUCGUAAAGCUAACAAAGUUAAUUGAACUAUGAGGUAAUUAUUUGAUAAUUAGACGAAGAUAUAGCGAA